AAUAACAGUUAAAAAAAUUAAAUAAAAAAAGUUGUUUCUAUUUUUGCGCCUAUAUAUGUAAUAUAGGCGCAAAAUAAAAGAAAAAAACAUCACCUACACACACAGACGAUUGCGUUUCUCUUCUCUUCUCCGUAGGAACCAUGACAAGCUCCUCCGCUACGUCACGCAAGGUUUUAGGCAAGAUCGCUUGUAGCAGAUUGCAAAAAGAACUUGCAGAAUGGCAGUUGAAUCCUCCAACAGGUUUUAAACAUAAAGUCACUGAUAAUCUCCAACGAUGGGUGAUCGAAGUUAAUGGAGCACCAGGAACUUUAUAUGCGAAUGAAACUUAUCAGCUUCAAGUUGAUUUUCCUGAAAAUUAUCCUAUGGAAGCACCACAGGUGAUUUUUAUUCCACCUGCACCUUUGCAUCCUCACAUCUACAGCAAUGGACAUAUCUGUUUAGAUAUUCUGUAUGAUUCGUGGUCCCCAGCAAUGACGGUCAGCUCUAUCUGCAUUAGCAUUCUUUCCAUGUUGUCAAGCGCAACUGUGAAGCAACGCCCUGUUGAUAAUGAUCGAUAUGUGAGGAAUUGUAAGAGUGGGAGAUCUCCUAAGGAGACAAGAUGGUGGUUUCAUGAUGAUAAAGUGUAACUAUCCAUCAGCUGGCCUGUGCAUAAAAUUGAAGUGUCUUUAUUUAUCAUGGGUAGUGGGAAAAGGGGGCCUGCAAGUCUAUGACCCCCAAAAGCUCUGUCAACCCUUUUACUUUGUCCCUUGCCGUGUAUCAAUGUACUUUGGGUAGUUUUCUUUGAACUUUGUCACCCGCCUCAAGGGAAUGCCUAAUUAGCAAUCUAUAUUUUAUCAAUAGGAUGAAACAGAAGAAAGAAUUUCUACUGCA